UGAUCAGAAUACCAAAGAAUUUUGAAUAUCGAAUUAUUCGUCUUUUGUUUUUAUGAGUUUUCGCUUGAAAACUCAUUGUUAAAACUAUUUGAAAAAAGACUAUCAGAAAAAAUGCAAUUUGUUGGAAAUUUGGUUGAUCGGGCAAUGUUUCCCGGAACGGACACCUCUUAUUAUGAGGGAUCAUUCGAGGAACUUUUUUUUAUUUCAAUGGAAUCUACAAAAAUUCCUUGCGCCUUACUACCAUUCAGAAGAGGCUCUCCUUUUCUUAUUAUUUACGCACAUGGCAAUGGAACUGAUAUUGGAGAUAUCGUGCAAAAACUACAAUGUCUUUCUACGUCUCUUCAAGCGCAUAUUUUAACGUUUGAUUAUCCAGGUUAUGGUUGUUUUAGUGGUAAUGCUGAUAUGGCAUUAGUUGACAAGGUUAUGGAUAGGCUUGUGGAUUUUGCGAAAACCAGUUUACAUUGGCCGUUACAGAACAUAAUUUUAUUUGGGUGUUCGAUAGGUACGGGUCCGUGCACACGUUUUGCCCGUAAUGUCGCCGUUCAUAGAAAAUUGAAAAUGACUUCUCAGCCAGCUUUCUCUACAAAUCACUCCAAAUCCAAGCACAAAAACAAAAAAGUUCCAUUGCAAGACAAUGAAAACACACAAGACAUUGGCGGUCUUAUUUUACAGUGCCCUUAUCGCUCUAUACGCCAUGCUGCGGAAAAGUUUAUCGGAAAUUUCAUGUCACGGUUAUUUGUUGAAACGCGCUGGAAUAUUGAAGAUGAGGUACAGGACUGCUCGUGUCCUGUAUUGUGGAUCCAUGGUAAGAAAGAUGAACUAUUUGAUUGGAAGGGAUCCGAAAAAAUGUACAACCAGUAUUCUAACUCCCUAAAAAUGUUACAAGUUUCAGAAACAGCAACCCAUUUGUCAUUCAAUUUUACGCAAGAUAUUGUCAUUCCUGUACGACACUUCAUAGAUUCCAUGGUAUAUAAAGGUAUUCGACCUGUAAACCAUUAUAUUUAUUGGAAAAAUCUCCCCCUCCAAAGAUUCAAGCCACCUUCAUCAAUAACCUGUGCAAUACCAAUUUUGCCGCCAUCCGUUUCAGUUACUAUAUAUGAUUUGACUCAGACUAAAAACUCGUGUCAGAGACAAAGACAGUUGUGUAGAUCUCAACCUGCUUCAACAGAAGAUUUUCGUCAAGUUUUAUCAGACAUGGAAGAUCACAAUUAUUCCGAGUCUCCCUAUUGUUCAGAAGAAGUACCUAGUUUUCUUCUGUCAAAGUAUCAAUAUCCUAACAGUGAAAAAUACACACAUUCAUACUUUUCAAAAGAGAAUAUAACGCUGAGUCAAAAAUCUACGGUUGAUUUAAACAAGAGUUUUGCAAGAAUGGAACUGUAUCGACAACACCAGUGUAACAUGUUACAAACAGUACGUUAUUUUAAUCUGGACAACAACAAUAAAACAUUUUCAAAAAAUAUUUUAUCACAUGAAAAGCACACAUGUCAAGAUGAACCAACAAACCUUUAUUCGGGUCAAGGGGAAAACUCCCAAGCGCGAGUUGAUGAAAAGAAACAUAUAAAAUGCCGAGUUCCCUACGACAUAAGAUAUCUUCAGCAUCUUUGGCCCCUAAAUUCACUGCGCUCUCAUAUUCAAAAAUCAACCAUUCAUUUAGCCUACACCAUGCUUAAAGAAGCCAUGGGCCGAAAACUUUACCUACAAAUUCAUGAAGAAUUGUACAAGGCAAGGGAUUGGGUCAGGCGGUUUUAUAGUAUGCGAUGUCGUCAUUUUCUCGGAAUAGAUUUAGUAUAUAGAAAACAAAAGUCUUCGAAUGGUGAAACAAUCGCAGGUCUUUUAGGGAUGACAAUUGCAGGUCGUUUCAUCCAAUUAUCUUCUAAUUCAAAAUUUCUUGGUUGUGUCUCUGUUGAAAAAUUUUCUUUUAUUUUGGAUUCCAUUACAAACCAAUCUACUUCGAGCGCAUUUCCUGAUUUGGUGUACAGUCAACCGGAUUAUCUUAUUUUUCCCAUGUUUUCACCAAAAGCUGACAUUAUAUUUUCUUUAACCUGUUGGUUAGUGGAGAUGGCCUCAAAAUUAUCAAAAAUCCAAGCGUAUCCUGCAACGUUAACAUUUCAAAUGUUUUCUCAACAUAUCACUAAUAGUGAGGCUGAUAUGAUGAGACUGCAAAAUUUGAGUGAGACUAUACUUUAUGAUUUUUGUAUGCAAUAUCGAAGACCUUCUAUUGAACGUCUUAGUCUGCAUCUUGGAAACUUUGUCUGCUUUGGGUGGGAUCAGUUAUUGGGGAUUGUUUUUAAACGUUUCUGGCCUUGGUUUCAGCAACGUGCGCAGCUGUUUGUAGAUUUACCUACUACGGAGUGCUGCAUUGAAAAAGAAUAUUACACCAAGAUACGCAAGAAGAAAAAAUUAUCAAACAAAAAAAAACAUCCUAAACCAUGGUUUCAGGCUUUUGGUUGGUCAUUAUAUCGAAAUUGGUUUUCCAAUAGAUCAUUAUGCCACGGUAUUUAUUUAAAAAAUUUAUAUCUAGAGAACGAUGGAGAUUUCCACGAAGUCUCCGAAAAAAUAUCGACAAACCAACAGAUUCUUUCACAUAAAAUUUGUCAAUGGCAUAACAUUCUUUCAAAGAACCCAGUCACAACAAGUGGUACAUCGUCUUACGUGAAUAGCACCCCUUGCAAUAAUUUGAAUAUUGUUACUACUGAAUCGAAUACUCUUAUACAAAAUAACUCACAAGCUUUUUCCAACCACGAAAAUUUCACAUCCUCCAAUAACAUGUUUGACCUACUACAGAAUGAACUACAAUCCCAUGCAUCACAUUUAACUGCUUGUUUAAAAUCGGCUUUAUGUACUGACAAUUUCCUACAGAAUUCACAAAACAAUACACAUUUUCAAAACAUUAAUGAGUCAACAGUUAAAGAAAAAUAUUUCAAUGUUUUUUCUUCUUUUUCUGAAAUUCUUAUGAGCUACUCUCACCAAAAUAUGUACACACAUACCGCAAAGAAUAAGUAUCUUCUUUUUCAAUUAACGGAUCGUCUUCUAGAUCCUGAAUUUUUUUGCUCCCCAUUUUUAAAGCUAAAAAAAAAUGAUUUAUGCUCUAAAAUUGCUAACAAGUGGAUAACUUUUUUACUUACAUCUUCUGGUGGUGUUUGUCUUACAAAAGCUUCGCGGUAUCAACUCCAGUCCGAAAUCAAUGAAGAUAGAAUGCAGUAUGCUGAGCGUUGCCGAGAAGAAAACAAUACAAUAACUCGAGCUACCCGUUAUUCUAUAUGUCAUCAUCAUUUGUUUCAUUUCGUAUUAACACAGCCGGGACGGUACUACCAACGCUCGACUUUUGUCGCCAUUGAUUCGUUAUGGCGUCUCAUUGAAAUCCUAAGUGGAGUCACAGUUCGGCCUAGAGAAACGAACGACCACUGGAAAAAUAAAAGUAAAAAAAAAAAUGAAUUAGACCAACCGCCCUCAGACAACCAGAAAGCAGUGAUGCUUAAUGUAACGUUAGGACUAAUGCUCCUUCGUAGCCUGCAUACAAUGACUGUUUCAAUUGCGCGGAAAACUAAGCUAAAUUUAUGUACACCUCCAUUACCUUUAAACCCAAAUCUUAUAGACACAUACCCUGGAGUCUAUUAUGCACAUAUUCGUUUGUUUGAUGAGUUGAGCUUUGCUCUUAAGCAUUGUGAUUUACAGAAAAAUGACUUCUGUAAUACAACUCUUCCGUCCUGUGGGGGUUAUAAUAUUUACGCGUCUGGAUGGGAAUCUGGUUGUUAUCCUUCCAGUGAGACGUGUCUUUUAGCGUCACAACUUGAAUCAAUAUAUGCUAUCUUUACUGAAGUAUUGGAAGGUAUCGAUGCAAAUACUGUAAGUGAAUCCAUCUCUCCUUUAGGCUCACAAGGACGACUUAACUUUUUUGACAAACACUCAAAUGACGUUUCGUUAAACAUAGAUGAUUAUCUAACUCAGAAAAAAAGUAAUUUUCUUAAAAAAGAUAAUGGAUCAUGGUGGUUUGAUAAUUUUGAAUAUUUAGAAGAUUCAAAAAAAACAGCUAUUACUAAAUGCGGAAGCGUUGAAACAUCAACAGCAGCAUCAUUACGCAAUGAAAUUUUUGAAUCGCCUAUUAUAAGCUUACAGUCAUCAAAUAUAACGUGUGGCACAUUAUUUUCCUCAAAUGAUGUUAUCGAAAGAAGAACUCAUGAAACUUUUCUGAGAAAGAAAAAGUAUAAUUGGGUUUUGUUUUAUACAAAAAUCAAAAGUUUUCGAAAGACACGUAUUCGCGUCAUACGUGACACCAUUCAUAGGAAGCUGAUAAGUCACUCAUAAAAAAUAUGUUUUUCAUUUAUAUUGAGUUUCUUAUGUUUUCUUCAACUUUACUUGAAUAAUUUUUUUUAAAGUUCCCUCGUCUUAUUUUUCCUAUUUAGUGCUUAAACAAAAAAAAAAACCUUUUUUUGUGGUUUACAUGAAAAACUUAUUUUUUCUCAA